CAUGGCCGAACAAGUGACAAAGGUACGCUUAGAGCACAAAUUCGAUGAGACUGCACUUCACGAAUAUCUGGAGCGUAACUUUCUGGCCUUUCCUAAAAGUAACGGGCAUUUAAAGGUUCUGCAAUACAGCUCUGGGCAGUCCAAUCCGACAUUUUACUUGUCAAAAGAUGGAAAAGAAUUUGUUCUCAGGAAAAAACCUCCUGGUAAGCUUCUCAAAGGAGCACAUCAGGUUGACAGAGAAUUUAGAGUACUAUCAGCAUUAAAAUCUGCCUCCUUCCCAGUGCCAAAUCCUUACCUCUAUUGUGGAGAUAUUUCAGUCAUUGGAACUGAGUUCUACAUCAUGGAACAUGUACAGGGUAUCAUAUUUCGUAAACCCACAUUGCCAAAUCAUUCAGAAGAUGAUCGAAAAGCUAUCUACAAUGGCAUGAUCAGUACUUUGGCAAGGCUACACAACAUCAAUUGGAAGGGUUUGGAACUCUCUGAUUUUGGCCAUCAGUCCAACUUCUUAGGGAGACAGAUAUCAACCUGGAGGAGACAGUACAGAGCAUCAGAAACAUGUCACAUUGAUUCUGUGGAAAGUCUGCUAUCCUGGCUUGAGAAGAAUAUUCCUGUUUGGAGGCAGAACAUAGUUCUAGUUCAUGGAGAUUUCAGACUGGACAAUUUGAUCUUUGAUCCUAGGAAGUUAUGUGUGAAUGCAGUGUUAGACUGGGAGCUCUCUACUCUGGGUGAUCCACUACUUGAUCUAGCCUAUUGCUGCUUGCCCUACCAUUGGCCAAAGGAACUUGGACACAUGUCCUCAUUUUCAUUAGGCACAGGGUCCUUGGCUCCUGGAAUUCCAACAGAGAAGGAUCUUAUUUCUUUGUACUGUAAAUUUAGAGGACUUGGAGAUAUUCACCAUGAACAUUGGAACUUUUACAUUGCAUUAUCAUUUUUUAGAAUGGCAGCUAUAGCCCAGGGAAUCUAUGCAAGGGCCAUCCAUGGAAAUGCAAGUGCUGAAGAUGCUUCUUUAUUUGGAAAUCUUGUUGAACCCCUGGCAUGUGCAGGACUAAAGGUGGCCCUUCAGGCCCAAGCAAGCCAUGUAAGUAAAUUGAACAUGGAGAAUGUGUCCUCCAUCUUCCAGCCAUCCCUGAAGGCUCAAAGACUCUAUCAAAAAAUGAUUGCUUUUAUGGAAAAGUAUGUGUACCCAGCUGAAGAAUCUUACUAUCAGCAUGUGAGUAAUCCAGCGACCCAGUGGAGUGUCCCUCCAUUUAUGGAAGAUUUGAAGGAAAAAGCUCAAGGGGAAGGUUUGUGGAACCUCUUUCUAUCAAGUGUGUCAGGUUUAAGUCAACUUGAGUAUGCCAUGCUAGCUGAGGUUACAGGAAGAUGUCCUUUUGCUGCAGAAGUCUUCAACUGUAGUGCACCAGACACUGGCAACAUGGAGGUCCUUCAUUUAUAUGGUACAACUGAGCAAAAGAAGGCCUGGCUUGAACCUCUUCUGAAAGGGACUGUGAGGUCAGCAUUUUGUAUGACAGAACCAAGUGUGGCUUCGUCUGAUGCAACAAACAUGGAGUGCACGAUUACCAGACUUGGAAGUGAAAUUGUUAUCAAUGGAACAAAGUGGUGGAGUAGUGGGGCAGGGGACCCACGUUGCAAGAUAGCCAUUGUGAUGGGAACUAGUAAAGCUCCUGGUCUAUCAAAACAUAGGCGUCACACCAUGGUGUUGGUUCCAUUAGAUACUCCAGGUGUAACCAAAGUCAGGUCUCUUACAGUCUUUGGUUACAAUGAUGCUCCACAUGGCCACUAUGAGAUUGAGUUCAAAGAUGUUCAUGUACCAGUAUCCAAUAUUAUAUUGGGUGAAGGAAGGGGAUUUGAAAUAGCUCAAGGUCGUUUGGGUCCAGGCCGUAUUCAUCACUGUAUGCGCUUGAUUGGUUUGGCAGAGCGAUCUCUUGACCUUAUGGUCCAUCGGUCUUUGGAAAGAGUGGCAUUUGGAAAACGUUUGUCAGAAAAGGGGAUGGUUCAAGAGCAGAUUGCUCUUUCUAGGAUUGAAAUUGAGCAGGCGAGAUUGCUAGUCUUGAAUGCUGCUUAUAACAUUGACAAGCUUGGAAACAAGGCUGCUAAGAAUCAGAUUGCCAUGGCAAAGAUUGUUGUUCCUCGAAUGGCUUGUAAUGUUAUCGACAGAGCUAUUCAGAUACAUGGAGGAAAAGGCGUUUGUCAGGAUACUCCACUUGCUGGUUUCUAUUCUCAAGCACGGAGUUUGCGGAUAGCCGAUGGCCCAGAUGAAGUUCACUUGGAGGCUGUAGCUAAGUCAGAGCUUAAGAGAGCACUGACAGCAAAAAUAUAAAAUGGUAUAGAUCAGUACUACUUUCUUCAGCUGCUGACCAAUUAUGGACUGGUUAUAGAGUAUGGUGGGGGGGAGGGAGUUGGGUGCAUGAUUAAAUGUAGCCUACCCUUGCAUCCUAUAAAUCCUAUUACCUACUCCCCCUCCUGAUAAAGCUGUAUGGUGAAGUGUAUGGCUUUUACUUACCUGUCUCCCCCUCUGACAAAACUUGUGCUGCAUACAGUAUUA